GUCACUCUUGUUGGGCGCCUGUCACUUGUGGAGUUUGGCCACCAGCUGUCAGCUCAUCUGCCGGUGGGAGCGGUUAUCGUAGGAACAGGGCUUGUAUGUUGAAUCAAGAGUUUAAUAUUAAGGUUUUGUAGGUUGAGGGGAAUUUAAGCACCCCGGGAAACGGCAAGAUGACAGCCAUUGAAACGCAAGUGCAAUACAGCUCAUACAUGAUGACUACGACUGGGCAAUACAUGACCCAAGAGGAAGACUGGGAUCGGGAUCUGUUGCUGGACCCGGCUUGGGAAAAACAGCAGCGGAAGACCUUUACUGCCUGGUGCAACUCUCACCUCCGUAAGGCAGGGACACAGAUCGAGAACAUUGAGGAGGAUUUCAGGAAUGGACUCAAACUCAUGCUGCUGCUGGAGGUUAUCUCCGGCGAGAGGCUGCCCAAGCCAGACAAAGGCAAAAUGCGUUUCCAUAAAAUUGCCAAUGUUAACAAGGCCCUGGAUUAUAUCAGCAGUAAGGGAGUCAAGCUGAUCUCCAUCGGCGCUGAGGAGAUUGUGGAUGGUAAUGGGAAAAUGACCCUUGGUAUGAUCUGGACCAUCAUCCUGCGCUUUGCAAUCCAAGACAUUUCAGUGGAGGAGACCUCUGCAAAGGAAGGCUUGCUGCUGUGGUGUCAGAGGAAGACUGCCCCCUAUAGGAACGUUAAUGUCCAGAACUUCCACAUUAGUUGGAAAGAUGGCCUGGCUCUCUGUGCCCUCAUCCAUAGACACAGACCUGACCUCAUCGAUUACUCCAAACUGCGCAAGGAUGACCCCAUUGGCAACCUCAACACUGCUUUUGAGGUGGCGGAGAAAUACCUUGACAUCCCCAAAAUGCUUGAUGCAGAAGACAUCGUGAACACGCCAAAACCCGACGAGAAAGCCAUCAUGACCUACGUGUCCUGCUUCUACCAUGCGUUUGCUGGUGCAGAGCAGGCUGAGACAGCAGCUAACAGGAUCUGCAAGGUGCUUGCCGUCAACCAGGAGAAUGAGAAGCUGAUGGAAGAAUAUGAGAAACUGGCCAGUGAGCUUCUGGAGUGGAUCCAAAGGACUAUUCCCUGGCUGGAGAACCGUGUGGCUGAGCAGACCAUGCACGCCAUGCAGCAGAAGCUAGAGGAUUUCAGGGACUACCGCCGCGUGCAUAAGCCACCCAAGGUUCAGGAGAAGUGCCAGCUGGAGAUCAACUUCAACACUCUACAGACCAAGCUGAGGCUCAGCAACAGGCCUGCUUUCAUGCCAUCUGAAGGCAAAAUGGUCUCAGACAUUGCCAAUGCUUGGAAGGGUCUGGAACAGGUAGAGAAGGGUUAUGAGGAGUGGCUGCUCACGGAGAUCCGUCGUCUGGAGAGAUUGGAUCACCUGGCUGAAAAGUUUAAGCAGAAGUCUAGCUUGCAUGAAUCAUGGACCUCAGGAAAGGAACAGCUGCUUAUUCAAAAGGACUAUGAGUCUGCCUCUCUGAUGGAGAUCCGUGCUCUGAUGAGAAAACACGAGGCCUUUGAGAGCGAUCUGGCUGCUCACCAGGACAGGGUGGAACAGAUAGCUGCCAUUGCACAGGAGCUCAAUGAACUGGACUAUCACGAUGCUGCCACCAUCAACGCCCGUUGCCAGGGCAUCUGUGACCAGUGGGACAGCCUGGGUACCCUGACCCAGAAAAGGAGAGAAUCAUUGGAGCGUGUAGAGAAGCUUUGGGAGACAAUUGACCAGUUGUACCUUGAAUUUGCCAAGAGGGCAGCACCCUUCAACAACUGGAUGGAUGGAGCUAUGGAAGAUCUGCAGGACAUGUUCAUUGUUCACAGCAUCGAGGAGGUCCAGAGUUUGAUCACAGCCCAUGACCAGUUUAAAGCUACUCUACCCGAAGCCGAUAAGGAACGGAUGGCCAUCAUGGGCAUUCAAAAUGAAAUCUUGAAGAUUGCUCAAACAUACGGGAUCAAGUUAGUGGCUGAGAACCUCUAUACGGUUCUCUCCCCUCAGGAUAUCAGCAACAAAUGGGAAGCUGUGAAGCAACUGGUUCCAAUGCGUGACCAGAUGUUGCAGGAGGAAGUUGCCAGGCAGCAGGCCAAUGAGAGGCUGAGGCGCCAGUUCGCUGCUCAGGCCAACAUCAUCGGACCGUGGAUUCAGACCAAGAUGGAGGAAAUCGGCCAUGUGUCGAUUGACAUUUCCAGUUCCUUAGAGGAACAGAUGGGUAGUCUGAAGACAUACGAACAAAACAUCAUCAAUUACAAAAGUAACAUUGACAAACUGGAGGGAGACCACCAGCUCAGCCAGGAGGGACUUAUCUUUGACAACAUGCACACCAACUACACCAUGGAACACGUCCGCGUUGGCUGGGAGCAGCUCCUCACCACUAUUGCCCGCACUAUCAAUGAGGUUGAGAACCAGAUCUUGACUCGUGAUGCCAAGGGCAUCAGUCAGGAACAGCUGAACGAGUUCAGAGCAUCAUUCAAUCACUUUGACCGGGUGAGAAACACAGAGGCGUUUUGGUUUCUUGAUCAAGCAAAUUAUUUGAAUGUUCAACAUUUACAAAUCUGCAAUGUAAUCUCUCCAAAUCUCUUGCAUUUGCAGAAGAGGAAUGGCAUGAUGGAUCCUGAUGAUUUCCGUGCUUGUCUGAUCUCUAUGGGUUACGAUCUGGGUGAAGUUGAAUUUGCACGCAUAAUGACACUGGUGGACGCCAACAACACAGGAGUGGUCACCUUCCAGGCCUUUAUUGACUUCAUGACCAGGGAGACAGCUGAGACGGACACUGCUGAGCAGGUCAUGGCCUCCUUCAAGAUCCUAGCUUCUGACAAGGCUUACAUCACAGUAGAGGAGCUGAGGAGAGAGCUCCCCCCAGAACAAGCUGAAUACUGUAUAAGCCGCAUGACAAAGUACAUGAUCAGCGAUGCUCCUUCAGGUGCCCUUGACUACAUGUCAUUCUCAAGCGCCUUGUAUGGAGAGAGUGACUUGUAGGGUCCAUCCUGUCAUAUCUGCACCCACAACAUCCCCUACUCCCAACCCCCUUUACAUACGUUCAUGUCAUGAAACCCUUAAACAUCUAACGCCAAAAACAAUGUCACAGGUAAUAGUAAGUUUUGCUGCAGUGGAUUGGGCCUGUGUGACAUGCAAUGAAAAGUGAACACAUCAUGUAUGUUGUGGGAAAUUUAAAUAAGCCAAUUGAGACUGAAAAGUCAAAGAAUUUAACUGAAAAAUAUUCUUCACAAAGGUGAGAUCUGCUCACCCUUCAUACAAACGGCUUAUGUUUUGGAGGAAGAAUGAAUAAAUUAUCCUUAAAUAUAA